ACUUGCAUUUGACAUAAUAGUUUACAACGUAACAGAAAAGGCGUCACAGGUUCUGAUAAAAAGAAACGAUUACGUACGUACUUUAAUUAAAUACAAGAUUUAAUGAGAAAAAAAUAUUGUAUCAGUGAAACAUUGUAUAAGAAUAAUAUGACAAGUCCCGAACACUUAUUUGUACACGACACGGAACCAUAAAUUGGACAUCCACUUUUAUCGGAAGGAUCGCUAAAUAUACAAUAUUGAGGGGAUUACGAUCCAUAAAAAUUGUUAAAUCUUCUUACAAUCCCACAAAUGUUUUAAUACCUCACAUAUCAUGACUCAUGACGUGAGUUUAUCGUAUUUGUAUGACGUUUUCCGUAGUUGCCCGAUGACAUUGUCCAUGCUCUUCCUGUUCGCAUUGCACCUGAUUUAAGUUACAUUUUAAUAUGCACAGAAUCAAAGAAUUUUAUGCGUACUGUAAAAUGCAAAUAUAAUGCCGUUAAGACUGGCUGGAGGUAAGAAAGUUUACAUGAUUUAUUGACAAGUAGUUCGCUGAAAGAAAAAGGUUUAAUUAAACAAUUCAAUGAAUUUUCAGGAAAAGAAAGACUCCAUUUUUCGGAGGCAGGACGUGUACAUACGUCGAGUUUUUUUCAAAUAAAAAUAAUGAUCUGAUAGUGAUAUCAGAUUCGAUAAUGUAUUACCUGGAUUCACCUGUUUCGAAAGGUAAAAUUGUGGACCCCGAAACUGCUGGAAUUCAUCGCCAAGGUGUACCUGAUAUCCUCUAUGAAGGUGAAUGUUUUUUUUUAAUCCUAAAAAGUCAUUAACAUUACAUUUAAAAUCUAUAUCCAGCAUGAUAAAUUAUCACAGUAUAUAUUAGAAUGACGACACGUGUCAUUAAUUCAGUACGUGAUUUUUUUAAAAUCAAUCAGCUGAUAUAACAAAACGUGAUAAUUUGGUCUACAUGGCUCCUUCCGGCUCGUGGUUAAUGUACAUAUCUUUACACCCAAUGGACGAAGAAUGGAAAGAUCGUUACAUGACACACUACUCGUUACACGGGAGUAAACUCGAGAAAUACAAGUUCCCAAUGGUAACUAAAUACCUGAACGCGAAAUUGAAACCAUAUCUCCUUAAUAUUAAUUAUCAAAAGGCAGGUACCGCAGUGUCCAAAAUGGACGUCAAAAUAUGGGAGAGAAAAUCCUUAACGACGGUGUCCUCGAUAAUAAUUGAAAGUGUCGAUCUUUUACAGUAAAUAUGCCUCCGUGAAGAACCAACUGCCGGUAUAUAUUACUUCCUCCAUAUGUAAAUCCAUUUAAUUAAUUUUCAGAUCCGGUUACUUUAUCUUCGCCUCUUUUAACGAAGAAAAGUUGACGAUGACAUUUACGGAUCGAGAGAGGCGGACCAGUUACUUCGUUCAAUUAAAGAAGUCGGGCUCGUAUGAAGUUGUAAGUCCUGUAAAAAGUAAUGAAAGUUAUUCCUUUCGGAGUGCAAUUAGUAAUAUUAAGGAAGAUUUCGUGGACUACAGUUGUACAUCCAUAAUUGGCCGCAAUCUGGGUGGGAUGAGAUGUAUCCAGAAAUGUUGGCAGGUUCGGACAACGACCUCAUGUUAAUUCUACCAAUGACCGUGCCUCGAUUAACGCACGUCAAGGGCAAUAAACUUAAUUUCUUAACACCAGAGUCAACAUACGUGGCGCAACUUUUGGCCUGGGUCGAUAACGGACUCGCGUAUGUGUUUUUUAUUUACUGCUCCUUAAUGGCACGUUGUUUCUUUUAUCACUCAUCGGCGCUAUCUGCCUUUACAAUACAACAUGGAAACGAAAUAAAGAUUUAUCGGGAUAUAAAGCAUAAUAAAGAAUCGUUGCGUUUUUCAGAUAUAUUCUUGCCGCUCCGGAAGCGGCUGAAAGAAAAGUCUAUUCCGUUAAAUGGAGGACGAAACGAGAGGAUGAUGUCAAUAAAUCGAUCACUCCUGUCCUAGAGUGCAUAUCUUGUCCGAAAAAGAACGAAUCGUGGCCCGAAUGUGCUUACGCUCGUGCACUGCCAAACCCUACAAAGACAUUAAUUUUAAUUGAUUGUUUAGGUCCAGACAUUCCAAGGCAAAACUUGGAUUUGGGAGGCGAAAACCAGCAGCAGGAUAGUCUUCCUUGACAAUCGUCCAAUGAUUCAGGAAAUUAUGGCAGGGAUUUCUGUACCUCGAUAUGAAUAUUUGAAGAUUCCUCUUCUAAGUGGUUUCCGGGCGGAUGCCAAGCUUACUCUUCCAGGGCGUUUCCAGAACGAGUACAGCAGUCUUAAUCCCUUUCCAAUUAUUUUUUACAUGCAAGGAUCCAAUACCUGGUGAACAACUUGUGGACAAAAGAUGGCGACUCGAUUGGCACGAGUACGCAGCCACCAAUUGGAAUAUCGUCGUCGUUCAAGUGGACGCAAGAGGAGCUGGUUAUCACUCAAUGAACAGAAUUUAUUCCGUGAAAGGCCGUAUACCUGAAAUAAUGGUCAACGAUCAGAUAUCUGCAAUUAGAUACAUCGCAAAAAAGAAGAAAUACUUGGACAUUGGAAAAUUGUUACUGGUCGGUGAAGGUUUAGGAGGAACAAUAGCGCUAAUCGCUGCAUCAAAGUUUGCUCCCUUCAUAUCGGGUGUGGCGGUUUACAAUGCGCGGUUGAAUUUGCAUAAUUCAAGUAAGCCUGCAACGAAAGUAACUACUCAGAAACUAAGUGUAAAUAUGUACCCAGCCAUAGGGUUCACGGAAAAGUUUAUUAUCCCUCCCAAAUCCGAGAAUCUGAGCGACUUGGCCGCGUCCUGGAACAAUACGUACACGUAUAUAUCUCACUGCUUAAAUAAUCAAGUAUGUCCCUGCGAGGAAUUUUACCGACUAUUAUACUCCUUCGACCCAGCGCUGAACAUUCACACAAUGGUAUACCCCGAGGAGUGGACGCCGGAUUACAUGGGAAGUUCCCGAAAGCACUUUUACUUUAUCAUGGUUAAACAAGCAUGCGACAAGACCGUGUGCCAUCGUCAAUUGUCCGGCCAAAAUGCCUCGACUGAUCCCGAAGAGGAGGAAGAAUUUUAACGAGGCA